AUGUCCAAUCUUUUCGAAUCUGCCACUAUUGACGGCUCUCAGGAGUCCACUAUCGAGUUCCCGUUAUUUGUUCAGUUCCCAGCAACACAACCGCCUCAACCGUUGCAAGAGCUGAUCAACAACUUUGGGCUUGUCAAGCAUGCUGAAAACGGUUACUUCAAAGAGACAGAUCGUUCUCCAUUCGUUCUGAAAUAUGGAAACGACAACACUGACGAAGGUCAGAGCGACCAAGCGAGUGUUAUGCCUACAUCAACGCAAGAACCAGAAUAUAAGAGUGAAAGAAACUUCUCUACGCUGAUCUACUAUUUGCUGACGCCUGAUGCUCCUGUUUCAAAAAUGAUCAUGAACACUAGUCGUAAUAUUCACAUUUUACAACGUGGGAGGGGCCAGUACGUUUUGAUAUAUCCAGACGGAAAAGUCAAAAGUUUCAAAGUCGGCUUCGACUAUGCAAAUGGCGAAGUUUCUCAAUGGGUUGUUCCAGGAGGGGUGUGGAAGGCGAGCUUUUUGCUAACAAAUGAGGAAUUCUAUAACGGGCUACUAAUAAGCGAAGUCGUGGUCCCUGGAUUCGAAUACGCAGAUUAUAAGCCCUUUUCAGGUUUUGAGCAACUCGUAGAACUUGUUGGAGAGGAGCAAGCAGAAGUUUUGAAGUCGUUGCUGUAA